AUGACGCGACACGAUUCUGUGCCUGCAAACGUCCCCCUCACAGUCAUCAAAGGCGCUGGCCAGGAACACAUUCCAAUCCCCGCCGGCGAGAGCGCUAUCGUCGCCGACUUCCACUCUAUCCAGACCCAGACAACGGACAAGCCCACCUACCUCACAUCCGGCUUCUACCGCAUCCAACCCGGCCCCACGCGCGACAUCCCGCAGUACACAUACGAGGAGACCAAGUACGUGCUCAACGGGCAGAUCGACGUCCUCGAUGAGGCCACAGGUGUUACGCACCACCUGGUCGCAGGCGACUUUGCGUUCUUCCAUGUCGGGUCCAAGGCGCAGUUCAGCAGCAAGAGCGGAGGGACAGCGUUCUUCGCCGUCACAAGGCCGAUAAUUACUCAGCACCCGGGGCUAGUGGGGAGGGAGGAGAAGGUCACCUCGAAGUCGAAGUUGUGA